AUGGCUCUGCAAUUCGUGUUUCUUGGCCUGCUCUUUCACAGUUCCCAUGCCAAGGGACAAGCGACCCGAGAUAUCCCACCUGCAGCAACCACUUUGUCAACAGAAUCUGCGGCUGGGGCUGAGUUGUUCAGCAAUGAGGCCAUUCAGCUGACAGAGUCGGUUCUUGUGGUAUUGAAUGACCGAGACGAUCUCACCCAUUACAAGGACCCCGGCUCAGUGAUGUGGCCCCUGUAUGAGGGCAGGACCUGUCUUGCGGGGACUGACCCGACCUCGUUGGGCACUUGUACACAGGGCGGCUACUCUUUCUACUCAGUCAAUAUCAGCAAUGUUGCGCAGAUUCAGUUGGCAGUCAAUUUUGCCAGGUCUUUGAACUUGCGCCUCGUGGUUAAGAACACCGGGCACGAUUAUAACGGCAGGUCCACCGGGUAUGGGGCACUCAGUCUCUGGACACACAACCUCAAGGAUAUACGCUUUAUUUCAAGUUAUGAAAGUCAAGAUUAUUCUGGACCUGCCUUUAAGCUAGGAGCCGGUGUUCAAGGCUCUGAGCUGUACCAAGCUGCUGAGGCGCAUGGUGUCACAACGGUUUCCGGUGUUUGUCCGACCGUGGGCGUGGUUGGCGGUUAUGUGCAGGGCGGGGGCCACUCGCCCGUGAUGCAAUUAUUUGGCAUGGGAGCAGACCAGGUACUCGCCCUUGAAGUCGUCACAGCUGCUGGAGAAUUCAUCACAGUCACGCCAGAGCUCAAUCCUGACCUCUAUUGGGCAAUUCUCGGCGGCGGCGGAGGCACCUUUGGCAUUGUCACAUCCGCGAUCCUCAAAGCCCAUCCAAGGGUUCCUGUGACUACCUCGAGUUUCAGCUUUGCGACUUCGAGCAAUGUUUCCGUUGAAACUUUCUGGAAGGGUAUCGCAGCAUACUGGGACCGCAUGCCACUCUACAACGCCGCACAGACGUAUUCAUACUGGAGCAUCAUCAACGUGUUCGGCAGCUACAUUUUCACCAUGGAGCCGUUCUUCGCGACCAACAAGACUGUCGUUGAAUUUGAGACCCUGGUGGGGCCACUCUUCAAAUCGCUCUCGGAAUUGGGAAUCGCGCUUAAUGUCACGACGGACCAUUACGAGAGCUUCUACACUGCAUAUCAAGCCACUUUCGCCACCUAUGACCAGAACAUUGGGAGUACAACCGGUGUAACGGCAAACAGGCUGCUCCCAGCCGAGAACUGGAGCAACGAGACCAUUCGAGCCAGUACCCUGCAGGCUAUAAAAGAUACCGUGGACCGUGCGACGAUUCUCAUCGGCUACCACCAAGCUCCUCUUAACCCGGCUGGCGACCUCAACUCAGUCAAUCCCGCGUUUCGAAGGGGAGCAUCACAGCUAAUUAUUGUGAAGGCUGCUGGCGGAAAUGGUACUACGGAGGACAUCAGAAUUGCUGCAGAUGACCUGACUAAUAAUAUUAUGGGCUCCUUGAAGAAGGCAAGCCCAGCUGGAGGUGCAUAUAACAACGAAGCAGAUGUUGGUGAACAGGACUGGCAGCAGGCUUUCUGGGGCGAGAAUUACCCACGCCUGUUGGAGAUCAAAAAGAAAUGGGACCCAACAGGUCUGUUUUAUGUGCAUCACGGUGUCGGGAGUGAAGACUGGCGCGUUCUGGACGGAGGCUCCGGCGGAGUGCAGACUCAGAAUGGAAAACUGUGUAUAGUAUCCGUUCAGGUCUUGCUUUAUUGUGCCCAAAGGACGGCAUCUAAGUGGUUUGUCUGCCCUUCCGGCCACGGAUGCUGCUAUCUAACGUCAAGGAUCGUGAAAUGCACUUCGGCCCAGGGCUAUAAGCGCCACUGCGACAUUAUCACCAACUACCACACGUACAAGGAACGUGUACCACUGGUCGAGGACAAGUCGUGGCCCCUGCUCUCUGCUCUAGAUGACGACAUAAGCUUGCCCGAGAACUGCCAUCAAGCCUUCCAGCCACAUCACGAGAUUGUGUUCGAGAUGGGAAGUGAGGUUGAGACCUUGUCCGACGAACUGCAGGAUCUCAUGACUGAUCUCUUUACCACCAAGGCCAUCUAUACUGCGCUACUAGAUGGUUGGCGUUGUGACUCGCAUGAGGUAUGCGAAAGAGUUCUUCAGUCCCAUGAGUGCCGCGAGUUUGCGAUACGGAAAGAGAUGCAAGAAAUCCAGAGCAGGCUUGAGGCGAUGGAAGGUGCAAUCUCGGCGCUGGAAGUAAAAUUUUCCAUCCGUCGCCUGCGGUUCAAUGCGACCGCCUUUGGCUUUGUCGGUGAGUGCGAUAUCAGCAAUUCGUCACUCAAGCUGCAGUAG